UCCAAUCACCGCGCUCAUCCCGGUUCCUCCCGAUUGUGACGCGUCAAGCCGGGAGUUGAUUGGUCGAGGCUCCCUGUGGCUUCCUUCCUCGCCUCAGCCUGUGGCUGGCAGCAGGGCAGAGCAGAGGUGGCCCGGUUGGGGCAGUGGAUGGAGCACGCAGGAGAGGAGGCGCUUCCAGAUCUUGGAAGCUUAUGAAAAUCUAAUGCAAAUACACAAGUGAAGAAGCAAAACUGAACUUAGAAAAUGGCAGGCUUCCUGGACAAUUUCCGAUGGCCAGAAUGUGAGUGUAUAGAUUGGAGUGAAAGAAGAAAUACUGUUGCUUCAGUGGUAGCUGGGAUUCUGUUUUUUACAGGUUGGUGGAUAAUGAUUGAUGCAGCUGUAGUUUAUCCAAAGCCAGAUCAAAUGAACCAUGCAUUCCAUACUUGUGGAGUGUUUUCCACACUGGCUUUCUUCAUGAUAAAUGCUGUAUCAAAUGCUCAGGUGAGAGGAGACAGCUAUGGUGAUGGAUGUCUAGGAAGAACAGGUGCUCGUGUCUGGCUCUUCAUUGGCUUCAUGUUGAUGUUUGGCUCACUUAUUGCUUCCAUGUGGAUCCUUUUUGGAGCAUAUGUUACCCAAAAUGUUAAUGUCUACCCCGGAUUAGCAGUGUUUUUCCAAAAUGCUUUGAUAUUUUUUAGUACCCUUAUCUACAAAUUUGGAAGAACAGAAGAAUUGUGGGCUUAAGAGUACAGUUUUUCUUUAUCCUGCUUAGCAAGUCCUGAAUGUAAAUAUAAAUUAUGUUUUGGUUGUUUUCUAUUUUUGCAGGCACAUUUGCAUUACACAUUUUGAAUUUUUCCUUUUUUUGGGGGGGAAAGUGAACUGAUUUAAAUAUUCUGUUCCAAGUUGUUAUAUUUAGCUACCUUUUUAAUAGAAUAUGUACAUAUGUACAUAUUAUUGCUCUCUGAAUCUAUGUGUUAAAUGACAAUCAUGGGGAAAUAUUUGUGCUAAUUUCCUCAUAUUUUUCAAAUAACAUGAAAAGCAGUGAAUGUUACCGUUAUAUUGCAGUUGGCAGGAUCAUCUGAUUAUUAUAUGGAGUCUGUUUUAAGAGGCUAUAGCUUUGUCAGAAUCAUCACAUGCUGUUCUUAAGUGCAAAUCAGCUUAGUAGCUUCUUAUACUACAUUAGCUGAGGGAUGAAAACUUUGAUUAGAUGAUCAGAAAGUAACACUAAAGAAUUUUAUCUAGAAUAUCAUUAGCAAGAUUCUUCAAAACAGCCAUUUUGUAAUGCAUGACAGGGAGGAAAAAUUGUUUUCCAAUGUCCUUAAAAGCUAGUAUAAUCUGGCAGCCUAUCGCAGAACUUCACCUAACACGAAUUUCCUGAAUACUGGAAAUGUUCUGUACUACUGCACAAUUUGUCCUGAACAAAAUGCAUGAUAGAAGUAUGAAAAUUCUGAAAUGCACUAAGAUCACAAAAACUUUGUUUGCUAACGCAGCAUGUCCUAAAAUGGGAUGGCCCAAAUUAUUUAAAACUAAAGUACUGGUAUGUUUGGCAAGGCAUAACAUAAUAGGUGGUUUUAAACUUGAGAUCUUUUCUUAUUUUAAAAAAAAUAUCUCCCAAGUGUCUAAUAACUUAUUAACCUUUUGAGGCAUUAGAUAUACAGGCAGGCUGUAUGAUUAUUUUAAGUAAAAUCACAUUUGCCAUGGAUAUUUGCGUAUUGAGGGUGAGGGAGGUCCCAUGCACCAGUUGUUGCAGGAAUUCCUGUUUGUUGCUUUCUAUAUAUUUUAAGGAAAAGGUUUGUCUUUAGAUGUGAUUUGCUAAGAUUCCAAAAAAAAAGGAGGGAGGGAAAGAUGGAAGAAGCCAAUUAUAUUUUUUUAACUAGUCAUGUUCAACUUGUAGCAAGACUAUCAUUUUCAAAGAGUUUUAUAUUUUAUUCAUACAAAUGAUAAGCCUUUAUGCUAGUGCAAUUUGCACUAACUUGUAUUGGUUGUAUUUUGUGUCCCCAAAUCCAAAUAGUUUACUGAGAAUUACGUCAGGCUGCAUAAAAAGCAUAUUUUAAUAGUUUUUUUUUCUUUUAUGUUAAGUACUCUUGCAAGUUGUAGGGAAAUGAAGAAUCAGGUGAACUAGGAUUGCCCUGCAUUCUGAUUGUUAGAGGUCCUGGGCAAGUGGCCUGGUAGUGUGGAUUUCUGUAAACAGACUUCAAUGGACAGACUAUGAAGCAAAUCCUUAAGCUGAGAGUUGUCCUGUUAUGUCAGACUUAAUUUGUACUUGAUUUCUCCAUCAGACUGUCACCUUGUUCUGUUAUAAAAUUUUAGACAACCAUAAUUGUUCACUGUAUUUACAUUAACAUCCAAUAAAAAUUGGUAAAAUA